CGGACUUGAAUCCGUUUCAUGGGUAUACAAUAAAAACCCUAAUUUCACUCGCUCACUCACAGAACCCCUGUUCCGUGUGAUCCUCGUGUCGACAGAGAACACCACAUGGAUCUCACGGCGGAGCAAGAUCAAGAACACGAAGUUUAUGGCGGAGAGAUUCCCGACGAAGCUGAGAUGGACGCCGAUUUCGAGGUUCCGAGAGACGAAACGGAAGACAUUGAACACAAUAACUCGAAGGAUUUAGAGGAUAUGAAGAAGAGAUUGAAGGAGAUUGAAGAGGAGGCAGGUGCGCUUCGUGAAAUGCAGGCGAAAGUUGAGAAGGAAAUGGGCUCAGUUCAAGAAGAUCCAGGUGCUUCUGCUACACAGGCUGAGAAGGAAGAGGCUGAUGCUCGUUCGAUAUAUGUUGGCAAUGUAGACUAUGCAUGUACACCUGAAGAGGUUCAGCAGCAUUUUCAGUCAUGCGGAACCGUAAACAGGGUGACAAUAUUAACAGACAAAUUUGGUCAACCGAAAGGUUUCGCAUACGUGGAAUUCGUGGAACCUGAAUCUGUUCAGAAUUCUUUGCUUCUGAACGAAUCAGAAUUGCAUGGGCGCCAACUCAAGGUUGCCGCCAAACGGACCAAUGUUCCAGGCAUGAAGCAAUUCAGAGGAAGGCGUCCAAACCCAUACCUUGGUUCUUAUCCACGAAGGCCUUACAUGCCUGGCCCAUCAUACUAUUCUCCAUAUGGCUACGGAAGGUUUCCUAGGGCCAGGAGGCCAGUGUGGUACAUGCCAUACUGAAGACAACAACCAAGGCUGGAACCGUUGAUCUAAGUUAGACGAUUUUGUUUUGUUGCGUACCCUUUUGUUUGCGUGACCUAACAUCCCCGGUACUGAUUAAUAUUUUCAUACCCCGUACCGAGUUCCAAUGGAUUAAAAGACUUAUGUAGCCUUUAGUUAUGGGGUGUUUUGUUAUAGUUGGAAAAAUUGUGAGCGAUUUUUGCCCAACUGAUGAUUAGUUUCAUGUGUGUUGCACAAAGGAAUCUUGUUUUACAAUUUCUUUUAUAACAUAUAGGGGCGUUCAAGGUUCC